CUCAAUUCGAGAGGAGAGAGCAAUCAUCCAAAAAUCGAUCUGGAACGAGCAGAGGUCUGUGAACUCGAGCUGUGAGAGUGCUGAGACUAUUUGGUCGAUAUCUCGAGUUUUACAAAUCCAAUUAAGGCGGGUGAGAUACCCACAGAAAGCUCUCAAGACGAGGAAUCUGUGAAGGUCUGGUUUGCAGGAAUCGGAGUUGUGGAAGGCUUCCAAAUCGUCCGAGCAAAACACAACCUCGCAGGAGAGGAUUUAAUCUUCUAAAAGAAACGAGUUGACCGGGAAACACCCGUUCUAGGGGCUGUUUUCGUAUCAACGAUUAAGGGUUGAACUAGCACUUUGAGUUAGUUAAACACUCAUAUUUGAGCAAGGAAUCAGUUCCAAAUCCACCUUGACCAAAGCUUUGACCAUUGGACCAAGAAGGGGAAGUGUAAAGCUCAAUUGAGGUUGAGGCUAGAGCUUGCUUCCUGUGCUCGUUGCUCGAGAGAUCAUCUAGGAGCGAAGACUUGGUUCGUGCUUCCUCCAUUCGGAUUUUAAACAUUAAUAAACAUGCUCAUGGAUAUUUUAAUAUAGAGCCUGCGUGCUCAUGAAUAGCCCUGUGUGGCCCUUUUGUUUUAAACAAUGUUUUCCGCUGCUUUAUGAAUUACUUAUUAUGUUGUUUAUGGAUGACUUGUGUGUGAAUGAUAUUCAUGACGCCUUGUAUAAUAUGAAUGUGUUGGACUGCGGUUGACUAUUCGUAUUGUACGGCGGGUUGUUGACGUGUCCGGGGAGGUCCGGGGCGUGACAAUUAAGUUGGUAUCAGAGCCUUAGUCCAUAAACUUCAUAAUGAAGUCUCAAAAUUCUCUUUUUGGAAAGAUUUUGAAAAAACCAUGAGCAUAGAAGUUUUGUACUUGGAGAGCUUUUGGUACUUGGGUUGCAAGGUCUCUAAUUGUUAAGAUGGUACCCUUAGCAAUUGGUAUGGCGGUGACUCGAGCCAGAAUGUGUCUUAAGUACCUAUCCGUCAAUUGACAUUUGAUACGAGUCUAACGACUCUUUCCAAAUUCUUUCAGAAAUGGACCGUGGUGGCAGGAUUACUAGGAGAAACCCGACCGGCCGUGUACCAGUGGAGACUGGACAGGGCAGUCGAAGGACCUCUAGGGCAUCUAGAGGAGCUGGCCGUGGAGGCCGAUCACAGACCGUGAGUGACGGUCAUGUGGACACAGAAAGUGAAACCUACUGGUCCUAUGAGGACUCGACUUACCAACCGGAAACUGAGCCGGUUGAGACCCCUUACGAAGGGGAUGACGAUGAUGUAAGUGAUGAAGAGGGGGAGAAUGACUCCCUAGCAAGAAUUGAGGCGCUGCUCCAACAAUAUCAACGGGAGCGCGAGGAAAGGAGGCAACGCCGAAGACGGCGAGCGGGGCAACCUUCGGGCAUGGCUUCGAGAGGAGGAAGUCAUGGUGCAUCUAGAGUCCAUGUGGAACCACAUGGAGGCCAAAAUGAUGGAGGUCCAACCAUAAGGAUCUCCAAAUUUAUCAAAGAAGCAAGAGAUUUGGGGUGCAAACCCUUUGAUGGAGCAGGGGACAUUUCAGUUGCAGUACAAUGGAUUAAGAGGCUAAAUGAAGCAGCCCUUGACAUGCAAAUCGCGCCAAAUCUCAAACUGAGAAUUGCGGUAAGAUUGCUCGAGGGGAUGGCAUCCAAGUGGUGGGAUGGAACCAAGAGCAAGUACGGUGAGACCGUCGUUUGGGAGGACUUCCAACGGGAGUUCUUUGCCCAAUAUUAUUCUGAUUUUGAGGUGAACAAGAAGGUGAGGGAAUACACCCUCCUGACCCAAGGAUGUAACAUGACAGUGAAGGAACUUGAGUACAAGUUCCGGGAUCUCGCCGACUACAUACCGGAGUAUGCUUGUGACGAGAACCGAAUGGUAAACCACUUUUGGGAUGCUCUUGACUUGGAGAUACGUGAUAGGGCAACACAAUUGCCUAAUAUGACCUUCGCCCAAGUGGUUGACCAAGCGUUGAAGGGGGAGAAACAGUGGGAGGAGAGGAAGAAGAGAGACGCCGAGGAGGCGAAAAAGAGAAAAUGGGAGAGUCAUGGCUCCCAAGGUUCCAACAAAAAGGGGAACCAUGGAGGAGGAUCUUUCCGGGCACCGCCGCCACCGUCUAGGGGGAAUCAAGGCCCGAGUGGGCAAGGCUCGAGGUCACAAACCUCGGUGGUAACUCGUUGCAACAAUUGCAAGAGGAACCACUCCGGUAAAUGUCGCGACCCCCCCUAGAUGUUUUCAAUGUGGGGAUGCCGGGCAUUUGAAGGCGCAUUGCCCACAAUUGGGUGGGACAAGGACAUCGGGACCGAGCAGUGGCCCGACGGGUACACGGAAUCAAACCGGAGCUUCUCAAGCGAGCCGGGGACAUGGGGGAGCGAGUGCGAGCAACGCGCCAUCCGUGAAUCAAGGAAGAACUCAAGCUAGAGUUUAUGCGAUGACGGAGGCGGAUGCUCGAGCUAACCCGGACUCGGUUGCAGGUAUUGCCUCUUGCACAAUUGUAUUUUGUCCAUAGUUAAUCCAUAAAUUGAUGACAUAAGUCAUAGGGAUUGAGUGCGAGCCAUUACGGGGUCAAACGGCGAAAUUCGGGCCAGAACUGACCAAAAACAGGGACGCACGAUCGUGCGUCCAACCCCACGCACGAUCGUGCGUAGGGGGCAGUGGUUCCGGGUGAUGUUCGCACAGGACGCACGACCGUGCGUGCCGGUACGCACGCCGUGCGUGGACGCACGAUCGUGCGUGUCCGGGUACGCACGACCGUGCGUAACCGGCAGUAGCCGGAAGCGAAUUUUUCCAUGCACGCACGACCGUGCGUGUCCCACGCACGACCGUGCGUGGACCCCAGCCGCCCGAAACCUAAGUUUUUCCCCUCGUUUUUCUACGAUUGGACCCCCGUUUGAUUCCGAACAUCUAUAUGAACCUAUUAACCUCCAAAAAGUGUCCUAAACCAUUAGAAAAGGUAUCUUACAUGGUGUAUAAAUGUAGGAACAUUAAAGAUUAAUGGGAAGGAUGCACGAAUCCUUAUCGAUACCGGAGCGCAACGUUCGUUCGUGAGUGAGGCGUUCGCCGAGGACUUAGGGGUACAAUCAACACCAAUGACGCACACAUUAGUGGUAUCAACACCACUAGGGGAUGAUGUCGAAAGAACUAGUUAUUAUCCAUCUUGUGAGGUGGAAAUUGAUGGCCAAACCUUGACGUGUGAUUUCGUACCGCUGAGUAUGAUGGAGUUCGAUGCAAUCCUAGGGAUGGAUUGGCUAGAAAAGCAUCAUGCUAGGGUAGAUUGCUACACAAAGGUUUUGGAACUCGAAGGCAAUAAUGGGGACACCCUACGCUUCGAGGGGGACCGAAGCAAAUCAAACAGUUGUAUUAUUUCCGCCGUGAGAGCGAGAAGUAUGAUGAGAAAGGGAUGUCACGCAUAUCUAGCAUACGUGGUUGACAAAACCAAGGAGGAAACGAACAUUGACGACAUGAGGGUGGUUUGUAAGUACCCGGAUGUCUUCCCUAAAGACCUACCGGGGCUUCCACCUGAUAGGGAGAUUGAAUUUGUGAUCGAGGUCGAGCCUGGUACCAAACCAAUCUCCAUACCGCCAUACCGUAUGGCACCCGCUGAACUUAACGAGUUGAAAACCCAAUUGCAGGAGCUUUUGGAUAAUGGUUUCAUUAGACCCAGCCACUCCCCGUGGGGAGCACCAGUUCUUUUUGUGAAAAAGAAAGAUGGGACACUCCGAAUGUGCAUUGACUAUCGUCAACUGAACAAGGUCACAAUCAAGAAUAGGUAUCCUUUGCCUAGGAUUGAUGACUUAUUUGAUCAACUACGAGGAGCAACGGUGUUUUCAAAGAUUGACUUGAGGUCGGGGUACCACCAAUUGAAGAUUAAGGAGGAUGACAUACCAAAGAGUGCUUUCCGCACAAGGUACGGGCAUUUUGAAUUCCUUGUUAUGUCGUUUGGGUUAACAAACGCCCCGGCGGCAUUCAUGGACUUGAUGAACCGAGUAUUUCAUAAAUACUUGGACCGAUUCGUGAUUGUGUUCAUAGAUGACAUCUUGAUUUACUCAAGGAGUGAAGAAGAGCAUGAAGAGCACUUGAUACUCGUUCUUGAGACACUACGGGAGAAGCAACUCUAUGCCAAAUUUUCUAAAUGUGAAUUUUGGCUAAAGGAGAUUGGCUUCCUCGGGCACGUGGUUUCUGGAUCGGGAAUUGCUGUUGAUAACAAGAAGAUAGAAGCCAUUACCGAAUGGGAGAGGCCAAAGAACGUCAAGGAAAUUCGUAGUUUCCUUGGAUUGGCAGGCUACUACAGGAAGUUCGUGGAGAAGUUCUCUGUUUUGGCAUCACCAUUGACGAAGCUCACUCGUAAAGGAGCUAAGUUUGUAUGGGAUGACAAAUGUGAGAAGGGGUUCAUGGAACUAAAGAAACGAUUGACCGAGGCACCGGUACUUGCAUUACCCAAACAGGGUGUGGGGUACGAUGUCUAUAGUGAUGCGAGCAUCCAAGGGCUUGGGUGUGUACUGAUGCAGAAUGGGAGGGUAAUCGCCUAUGCUUCACGACAGUUGAAGAAGCAUGAGGUGAAUUAUCCUACUCAUGAUUUGGAGCUGGGGGCAGUGGUGUUUGCACUGAAGAUAUGGAGACAUUAUCUCUACGGGGAGACAUGUCACAUAUACACUGAUCACAAGAGCUUGAAAUACGUGUUUACUCAGAAAGAGCUAAACAUGAGACAGAGACGGUGGAUGGAGUUGAUAAAAGACUACCAUCUGGUGAUAGAGUAUCACCCAGGCAAGGCUAACGUGGUGGCAGAUGCUUUGAGCCGGAAAAGCUCGUCUGGGCCAUUGCUAGCUAAUUUGAGGGCAUUAAGAGCCCAAUUGGAGGUAUCCAGCGAUGGUGCCUUAUUGGCACGAUUUGAGGUGAGACCUACCUUACUUGAUGAGAUCAAGAAGGGUCAGGAAACUGACGAAGAAAUUAUGAAGAUCCGGGAACGCAUGCAAGCGGGACCGGUGGAGGACUUCAGAGAAAGAGAUGACGGUCUCUUAUUAUUUCGUGACCGAGUGUGUGUACCGGCGGAUGAUGAGCUCCGAAAGUCCAUCUUAGAGGAGGCUCAUUCAUCGGCUUAUGCCAUGCACCCGGGGGGCACGAAAAUGUACCGUGAUUUGAAAGAAAGUUACUGGUGGUCUGGAAUGAAGAGGGAAAUAGCCGAGUACAUCAGUCGGUGCCUUACUUGCCAACAAGUUAAGGCAGAACAUCAACAUCCAGCAGGCUUGUUACAACCACUUUCCAUUCCUGAGUGGAAGUGGGAACAUGUGACUAUGGAUUUCGUGGUAGGUUUACCACAGACGAUUCGGAACUAUGAUGCAGUUUGGGUUGUUGUGGAUAGGCUCACGAAGAGUGCACACUUUUUGCCUAUCAAUACUACCUACCCACUUGAGAGGUUAGCCAAAUUAUAUACGGAUGAGAUUGUGAGGCUGCAUGGGGUCCCAGUGACCAUUGUAUCCGAUAGAGACCCACGAUUCACAUCACGUUUUUGGCCGAAAUUUCAGGAGUCUAUGGGAACAAGGUUGAAGUUCAGUACUGCUUUCCACCCACAGACGGAUGGACAGUCUGAAAGAGUCAUACAGAUCUUGGAAGACAUGUUGAGGGCUUGUGCAUUGGAGUUCCAAGGAAGUUGGGACAACCACUUAGCACUUGUGGAGUUUGCUUAUAACAACAGUUAUCAGGCAAGCAUCGGCAUGCCUCCAUACGAGGCAUUGUAUGGGAGGAGGUGUCGUACACCGUUAUGCUGGGACGAGGUUGGCAUAGCCAAACUCGAGGGUACUGAGUUGGUUGAGGUCACCAAAUCAAAGGUGAAAUUGAUUCGAGAGAGACUCAAAGCGGCUCAGGAUAGGCAAAAGAGUUAUGCAGAUAAGCGUCGAAGAACCUUAGAGUUUAAGGUUGAUGACGAGGUAUUCUUGAAAGUUUCUCCUUGGAAAGGAAUCAUUCGAUUUCAAACCCGAGGGAAGCUUAACCCACGGUACAUAGGUCCUUUCAGAAUUAUAGAGAGGAUUGGGGCUGUUGCAUAUCGUCUACAGUUGACUCCUGAGUUAGAGAAGAUACAUAAUGUGUUUCACGUAUCCAUGCUUAAGAAGUAUGUACAUGAUCCCUCUCACGUAUUGGAGAAGCCACCUGUAGAGGUACGUGAGGAUUUAAACUACUCUGUUCAACCUAUCAAGGUCACCGAUAGAAAGGUGAAGAAACUGAGGAGCAAGGAAGUCCCAAUGGUUAAAGUCCUGUGGAAGAGCGAUCGGGUCGAAGAAGAGACAUGGGAAACAGAGGCUUUGAUGAGGAAGCAGUAUGCUUUCCUAUUCGAGUAGAGCUGUGAAUUUCGGGGACGAAAUUCCUGUUAAGGGGGGGUGAACUUGUGACACCGCACCCGAAUGUCCUUGGAAAUUUGAUUUGAAUAUUCAUAGUUUAUGUAUUGGAUUUCCGAUUCCCAAACAUUUUGUAAAACGAUCAAUGUUCUACGUAGUGCAUGGUUGAAUAUCGUACUGUUCAAACUCGUACGUUAGUGUCGGGUUUCGCAAAUACUUACUCGGGACUUAUUAAUAAAUAAAAAAAGCCCAACAUUACCUAAAUAGUGAAAGAAUGAUUAAAGGAGAAUACAAAUGUCUAUAACCCUAUCUUUGGCAUUUUUGAGCUAAAUAAUGGGAGUAGGAUUUUCCUUCUAUAAUAUCCAUCAAGUAAAUUAUUGGGAUGAGCCUACACAUAUUGGAGAUCAAUAAUGUGAUUUAGGAAGUUGACUUGUUCUAAAUAAAUUAGGAUGAGUACAAAAGGACAUCUUUGACAAAGAUAAAACAAUAGGACCCAUCUUCCCAUUUUUGGAAGUAUUGGUAGAUAUUUUGGACCUCAAAUUGAUUGGGAUCAAUUGGGGGGCAUCCCAUGUGGCUUGAGUACCUGCAAGACAAGGAAAAUGUGUGAGAAGACUCACCUUGGCCGCACCACAUGGAGGAGCAUUGCCAUGACACAAUUGGGAUCAAAUUUUGGGGCCACCACCACUGUUUUCGCACAAACAGGUGGGCUGUUUUGUCUCCCUUCAUGAGUGAGGUUAUACUCGGCCAAAUGAGGUGUAUAAGGUGUCCUUGGAUAGCUUUUGAAGUCUAUUUUUAUAAUUGAGUGGUCUCAAUUCGAGAGGAGAGAGCAAUCAUCCAAAAAUCGAUCUGGAACGAGCAGAGGUCUGUGAACUCGAGCUGUGAGAGUGCUGAGACUAUUUGGUCGAUAUCUCGAGUUUUACAAAUCCAAUUAAGGCGGGUGAGAUACCCACAGAAAGCUCUCAAGACGAGGAAUCUGUGAAGGUCUGGUUUGCAGGAAUCGGAGUUGUGGAAGGCUUCCAAAUCGUCCGAGCAAAACACAACCUCGCAGGAGAGGAUUUAAUCUUCUAAAAGAAACGAGUUGACCGGGAAACACCCGUUCUAGGGGCUGUUUUCGUAUCAACGAUUAAGGGUUGAACUAGCACUUUGAGUUAGUUAAACACUCAUAUUUGAGCAAGGAAUCAGUUCCAAAUCCACCUUGACCAAAGCUUUGACCAUUGGACCAAGAAGGGGAAGUGUAAAGCUCAAUUGAGGUUGAGGCUAGAGCUUGCUUCCUGUGCUCGUUGCUCGAGAGAUCAUCUAGGAGCGAAGACUUGGUUCGUGCUUCCUCCAUUCGGAUUUUAAACAUUAAUAAACAUGCUCAUGGAUAUUUUAAUAUAGAGCCUGCGUGCUCAUGAAUAGCCCUGUGUGGCCCUUUUGUUUUAAACAAUGUUUUCCGCUGCUUUAUGAAUUACUUAUUAUGUUGUUUAUGGAUGACUUGUGUGUGAAUGAUAUUCAUGACGCCUUGUAUAAUAUGAAUGUGUUGGACUGCGG